AUGACUGAAGAGUCCAACAUUGAUUCACAAACUAUAAAAAAGGAUAAUCCCAGUGAAGGACCUCUAAGCCUACUAACAGAAUGCGUAAAAACAAAUACCCAGAUUCUUGUUAAUUGUAGAAACAAUAGAAAGAUUUUAGGAAGAGUUAAAGCAUUUGAUAGGCACUGUAAUUUACUUCUUACUGAUGCUAGAGAAAUAUGGACAGAGUCUGUAAAGUCAGGUAAAAAGGGAUCUGCUAAAUAUAUCAACAAAGAUAGAUUUAUUUCUAAAUUAUUUGUGAGAGGGGAUUCUGUAAUUUUGAUUCUAAAGAGCCCAAAUUAA